AUGAUGAUGAUGGCGGCGCCCGCGGCCGACACGACCAUGCGGGCGGCGCCCGCGGCCGACACGACCAUGCGCCGGACGCUCCAGGACCUCGGCCUCCACGACAUCUACGCGACGCUCGCCGCGGAGGAGAUCGACGACUCGGUCUUCUGCGACCUCCAGGACGGCGACCUCAAGGAGCUCUCCAUCUCGCGCGGCAACCGCCGCAAGAUCCUCACCGCGAUCGCGGCGCUCAAGGCGCGCGAGCGCGGCGGCUGGCACCCACCGCCGCCGCCGCCGCCGCUGUCGCUGUCGCUCGUGCGGGCGCCGUCGGUCGUGACGCCGCCGCGGUCGCCUCCGCGCCCCGUGGAGGCGGCGGACGCGGAGUGCAGCAUCUGCAUGGACGCCAGCGUCGAGGUGCGCAUCGUCGGGUGCGGCCACACGAUGUGCUCGUCGUGCGCGUCGGACUGGUUUGCGCGCACGCCGGCCGGCCAGCAGACGGAGUGCCCCACCUGCCGCGGCCCGUGCGCGGACUUCGAGCCGCUGAGGCGCGCGCCGCCCGUGCCGCCCGUGCCGCCCGUGCCGCCCGUGGAGCCGGCCGUCGAGCCCGCGACGACGCGCGUCUACGUCGGGUCUAUCCCAUGCUCGAUGACGAAGCUGCAGUUGGCGGGUCUCUUCGAGGGCGUCGGCCUCGUCGUCGACGCUUGGAUCUCGAAGGACGCCAAAGGAAGGAGCACCACCAUGGGCAUGGUCGAAUUUUCAGAACCUGCGGCUGCGGCGAAGGCCGUUCGUGCGCGGCACAACAAGAGACCCUACCCGAAAGGCAAGAGGCUGAAGGUAGCGUUGUGGAACAAGCGCCCGCCGAACCGGCGCGACUCAUUCGGCUCGCGCGAACGGAGUGCCGAGCUCGAGGAGCUGCGGGCGCGCGUCGAGGCCGCAGAACGGCGAGCCGAGGCGGCCGAGGCGGCGCGCGUCCGGGCAGGCGUCGCGGCGUCGGAGCUGACGGCCCUCCGCGGGCGGAACGAGCUGCGCGCGCGCGCCGAGGCCGCUGAGGCGGCGUCCGCCGCGGCGACGGCACGCGCGGCCGAGCAGGAGCGCCGGGCCGCGCGCGCCGAGGCGAACGAGGCGGCCGCGACGGCGGCGCUCGCGCGAACGCGGAUCAACGCGGAUCUCGUGCAAAAAACAAAAGAGCUGACAAAGGCCGCGCGCCCGAACGCCAAACUCCGGGCCGAGAAUCGGCGGCUCCUGGAGCAGAUGACCGGCGUCCCGACGCUCGACCCGGGCGUCUCCGCGUACGUCCCCGGCGUGCCCGUUCUCGCCAGUCCGACCUGCUGGGUGAGGUGCGCCAUCUGCCGCAAAGACGCGGACCCCUUCACGGCGUUCUCGGGGGCCGAGCUCGCGAACGGCGCCGCGCGGAGAUGCAAGCGAUGCCUCCCGGGGCAGUGA